AUGAUUUCUGCCUCAUGCUGGGUGCCCCGAGGCUACGCCUCUGAGUUUCCCGAGAAAUACGAGCUCACAGACGAGGAGAUGAAUAGAAUUGAGCAAAUGGCCAACCUGCAGAUCUCCGAGGCCCAGGCCGACCUCGACGAAACCGAGGAGCCCGCUGGAGACGCUCUCAAGUCGCAGAUAGAGAUCGACGACGACCUCAAAGAGUACGAUCUCGAACACUACGACGACGACCCCGUGGACGAGGUCACGGGCGAGCCGAUCACCAUGUUCCCUGGUCUCUCGAACACCGCCGCAUCGUACGCCAAAAUAGUCAAUGAGGACGAUGAUAUGGGAGAAGGCCAAGAAGAGCACUACCUGACGCUGCCUACAGAAAAAGAGGAAGCCGAGGAAAAAGCAGAAUUACAGGUGUACCCCACAGACAACAUGGUGCUGGCCACGCGGACGGAGGACGACGUGUCGUACCUGGAUGUGUAUAUCUACGACGACGGAGCAGGAGCUCCCUACGGGGCAGAGGAGGAGGAAGAGGACAAAUUUGACGCGGACGUUGCGAACGGCCUGGUGAGGGAAAACAACCUGUACAUCCACCACGACCUGAUGCUGCCGUCGUUCCCUCUGUGUGUCGAAUGGCUGAGCUACAAGCCGUACGGGGCCAACGACCAGUCGAAUAUCGGCAACUUUGCUGCCAUCGGCACGUUUGAGCCGCAGAUCGAGAUCUGGAACCUGGACAGCAUCGACAAGGCGUUUCCGGACGCCAUCCUGGGCGACGGCGAGUCCGAAACCAAGAAGAAGAAGAAGAAGUCCAAGAAAAAACAGCUUCCAGACAGACACACCGACGCCGUCCUGUCUCUGUCGCACAACAAGCUGUACAGAAACGUUUUGGCGUCGACGUCGGCGGACGGGACCGUGAAACUGUGGGACCUGACCGGCUGCCAGGUCGCGCGCUCUCUGGACAGCGUUCACGGGGGCAAGCACGUUUCGUCGUCGCAGUGGCUCGUCGAGGAGUCGGACAGCAGCAACGGGUCGAUUCUGCUGACCGGCGGCUACGACUCUGCGUGCUGUAUCAGCGACGUGCGGGUAGCAGACGAGAAAAGCAUGUCGAGACGCUACAAGCUGGGCAACAGCGAGGAGGUGGAGUGCGUGAGAUGGAGCGCGGACUCGGCGCAAUUCUUUGCGGGCUCGGACGCCGGUAACGUGUACUGUUUCGACGCGAGGGCCGAGUCGAAGCCGCUGUGGACGCUGCACGCGCACGACUCGGGCAUCUCGACGCUGGAGGCCAACAAGUUCAUGAACAACAUGCUUGUGACGGGCGCGAUGGGCGAGCAGGUGGUGAAGCUGUGGAAGCUGGACAGCGAGCAGACGUCUGUGCGCGGACCGUCGAUGGUGCUGAGCAGAGACUUUGACUGCGGCAAGGUGCUGACGGCCAGCUUUGCGCCGGACAUCGAGGUUGCCGGAAACCUUGUUGUGGGCGGGUCGGGCUCGCGGCUCAAGAUGUGGGACAGUUUCAGCAACAGAAGCGUGCGCGCGGCGUUCAAAGAGCAGCUGGGCCGGCUGCAGCAGCGGGCGCGGCAGGAGGCCAAGGCGGCGGGCCGGGCGUCGCGGAUUGCGCGCAAAUACACAGAUAAGUACGUCGAGAGCGUGAUGGAGGCGGAACGAGGCGCGGACGACGAGGAGGGGGAGGAGGAGGAAUAA